AUGGAAUGCGUUUCAGUAGAAGGUUUGGAUUCUUCUUUUUUGGAGGGCCAAACCUUUGGCGAUAUUUUGUGUUUACCAUGGACAAUUAUCAAGGGUAUCCGUGAGCGGAAGAAUCGCAAUAAGAUGAAGAUCAUUUUGAAGAAUGUCAGUUUGCUGGCUAAAUCAGGAGAGAUGGUCCUUGUCCUAGGAAGACCAGGCGCUGGCUGUACAUCAUUUUUAAAGAGCGCUGCUGGUGAGACCAGUCAGUUUGCAGGUGGUGUAACAACAGGACAUAUAUCGUACGAUGGUAUCCCUCAGAAAGAAAUGAUGCAACAUUACAAGCCAGAUGUAAUCUAUAAUGGUGAGCAAGAUGUUCAUUUCCCACAUUUGACAGUAAAACAAACUCUAGAUUUUGCUAUUUCCUGUAAGAUGCCCGCAAAAAGAGUCAAUAAUGUAACGAAAGAAGAGUAUAUUACUGCCAAUAGAGAAUUCUAUGCUAAAAUUUUUGGUUUGACGCAUACUUUCGAUACCAAAGUUGGUAACGAUUUCAUCAGCGGUGUAUCUGGAGGUGAGCGUAAACGCGUUUCCAUUGCUGAAGCAUUAGCAGCGAAAGGUUCAAUUUACUGCUGGGAUAAUGCUACAAGAGGUCUUGACUCUUCUACCGCGCUAGAAUUUGCACGAGCUAUUCGUACUAUGACAAAUCUGUUAGGUACAACGGCCCUUGUUACGGUUUACCAAGCCAGUGAAAACAUUUAUGAAACUUUUGAUAAAGUCACUGUUCUAUACGCUGGAAGACAAAUAUUUUGCGGCAAAACUACUGAAGCAAAAGAUUAUUUUGAAAACAUGGGUUACUUGUGUCCACCGAGACAAUCGACUGCUGAAUAUUUGACCGCAAUUACUGAUCCUAAUGGUCUGCACGAAAUAAAGCCUGGCUUUGAGUAUCAAGUACCUCAUACCGCUGAUGAAUUCGAAAAAUACUGGCUUGAUUCCCCAGAAUAUGCCCGCCUAAAAGGUGAAAUUCAGAAGUACAAACAUGAAGUGAAUACUGAAUGGACCAAAAAAACAUACAAUGAGUCUAUGGCACAAGAAAAGUCGAAAGGUACAAGAAAAAAAUCUUAUUAUACGGUCUCUUAUUGGGAGCAAAUUAGACUUUGCACUAUUAGAGGUUUUCUAAGGAUUUACGGUGAUAAGUCAUACACCGUUAUCAACACAUGCGCUGCUAUAGCACAGGCUUUUAUCACUGGGUCAUUGUUCUACCAAGCACCUUCUUCAACUCUAGGGGCCUUUUCUAGAAGUGGCGUUCUGUUUUUUUCCCUCUUAUAUUAUUCUUUGAUGGGUUUAGCUAAUAUUAGUUUCGAGCACAGGCCAAUAUUGCAAAAACACAAGGUCUAUUCACUAUAUCAUCCCUCAGCUGAAGCGUUAGCAAGUACGAUUUCUUCUUUUCCAUUCAGAAUGAUUGGUCUAACAUUUUUCAUAAUCAUCCUGUACUUCUUAGCCGGUUUGCAUAGAAGCGCCGGUGCUUUUUUUACUAUGUAUUUGUUAUUGACAAUGUGUUCAGAAGCUAUUACAAGUUUGUUUCAGAUGGUUUCAUCUUUAUGCGAUACAUUGUCCCAGGCCAACUCCAUUGCCGGUGUUGUGAUGUUAUCUAUUGCCAUGUAUUCGACGUACAUGAUACAAUUACCUUCAAUGCAUCCAUGGUUUAAGUGGAUUUCGUACAUUCUACCCAUUAGAUAUGCAUUUGAAUCGAUGUUAAAUGCAGAAUUUCAUGGAAGACAUAUGGAUUGUGGUGGCACUUUGGUUCCUUCUGGACCUGGGUUUGAAAACAUCUUGCCAGAAAAUCAAGUGUGUGCUUUUGUUGGUUCAAGGCCUGGCCAAUCUUGGGUCCUAGGUGAUGAUUAUUUGAGGGCCCAAUAUCAAUAUGAGUACAAAAAUACUUGGAGAAACUUCGGCAUCAUGUGGUGUUUCUUAAUUGGCUACAUCGUCUUGAGGGCGGUUUUCACUGAGUACAAAAGUCCUGUCAAAAGUGGUGGUGAUGCUCUGGUCGUCAAGAAGGGCACAAAGAAUGCUAUACAAAGAUCAUGGAGCAGCAAAAAUGACGAAGAGAACCUUAAUGCCUCUAUAGCAACACAGGAUAUGAAAGAGAUAGCUUCAAGUAACGACGAUAGCACAAGUGCAGACUUUGAAGGUUUGGAAUCUACCGGGGUGUUUAUUUGGAAAAAUGUUUCUUUCACAAUUCCUCAUUCUAGCGGACAACGUAAACUUCUGGACAGCGUAAGCGGUUACUGUGUUCCUGGUACUUUGACAGCAUUAAUAGGUGAGUCCGGCGCUGGUAAGACCACAUUAUUAAACACUUUGGCUCAAAGGAACGUGGGAACGAUUACUGGUGAUAUGUUAGUUGAUGGUCUCCCAAUGGACGCUAGUUUCAAAAGGCGUACCGGUUAUGUUCAACAGCAAGAUCUUCAUGUUGCUGAACUUACUGUCAAAGAAUCGCUACAAUUUAGUGCUCGUAUGCGUCGGCCACAGUCUAUUCCUGACGCUGAAAAGAUGGAAUAUGUUGAAAAAAUUAUAUCUAUUCUUGAAAUGCAGGAGUUCUCAGAAGCUCUUGUCGGCGAAAUUGGUUACGGCUUGAAUGUUGAACAGAGAAAGAAACUAUCAAUUGGCGUUGAGCUAGUUGGCAAGCCGGAUCUGUUAUUGUUUUUGGACGAACCGACCUCUGGCUUGGAUUCCCAAUCCGCGUGGGCCGUCGUCAAAAUGUUAAAAAGAUUAGCUCUAGCAGGUCAAUCAAUUUUAUGUACUAUUCAUCAACCAUCAGCUACUCUUUUUGAACAGUUUGACAGAUUAUUGCUUUUGGGAAAAGGCGGUCAAACAAUUUAUUUUGGUGAAAUAGGUAAAAAUUCAAGUUCUGUCAUUAAGUAUUUCGAAAAGAACGGAGCCAGGAAAUGUCAACAAAAUGAAAAUCCGGCAGAGUAUAUUUUAGAAGCCAUAGGAGCUGGGGCCACCGCUUCUGUUCAACAGAACUGGCCUGAUAUAUGGCAAAAAUCUCACGAGUAUGCAAACAUUAACGAAAAAAUAAAUGACAUGAUUAAGGACUUAUCUUCUACAACUUUGCAUAAAACAGCUACAAGGGCCUCUAAGUAUGCAACAUCGUAUUCCUACCAAUUCCAUCAUGUGCUGAAAAGAUCCAGUUUAACAUUUUGGAGAAACUUGAACUACAUCAUGGCCAAAAUGAUGUUAUUGAUGAUCAGUGGCUUGUUCAUUGGUUUUACCUUUUUCCAUGUGGGUGUAAAUGCUAUUGGAUUACAAAAUAGCUUAUUUGCCUGUUUCAUGGCUAUCGUUAUAUCAGCUCCUGCAACAAACCAAAUACAGGAGCGUGCUACCGUUGCUAAGGAGCUAUAUGAAGUUCGUGAGUCCAAAUCUAAUAUGUUUCAUUGGUCUUUACUUUUGAUUACCCAUUAUUUAAAUGAAUUGCCUUACCAUUUAUUGUUUUCAACAAUUUUUUUCGUUUCAUCAUAUUUCCCUCUGGGUGUCUUUACCGAAGCCUCUAGGUCAAGUGUUUUUUAUCUGAACUAUGCCAUACUUUUUCAACUUUACUAUAUUGGUCUUGCUUUAAUGAUUCUGUACAUGUCUCCAAAUCUACAAUCUGCCAAUGUUAUUGUAGGUUUUAUACUUUCGUUUUUGCUCUCUUUCUGCGGUGCUGUCCAACCUGCCUCUUUAAUGCCUGGUUUCUGGACAUUCAUGUGGAAACUAUCCCCUUACACGUAUUUUUUGCAAAAUUUAGUUGGAUUAUUGAUGCAUGACAAACCCGUAAGAUGUUCAAAGAAAGAGUUGUCUCUUUUCAACCCCCCGGUAGGCCAAACAUGUGGUGAAUUUACCAAACCGUUUUUUGAAUUUGGGACUGGGUAUAUUGCAAAUCCAGAUGCAACAGCAGAUUGCGCCUAUUGUCAGUACAAAGUAGGUGAUGAAUACUUGGCGCGCAUAAAUGCUAGCUUUAGUUACUUAUGGAGAAACUUCGGUUUCAUUUAG